AUGACACAGGGUAAAAGAAAGAGAGCUCUUUCUCGUAAAGCACAAACAAAGAAGAAUAAGCCGGUGGAGAUGGAUGAUACAUUGGCUUUGGAUGUUACUAGUGCCGUUGCAACUAUGCCAAUGGCUUCGCCAAACGCUUCCACCAGGGCAUCGGAAACGGUCAGCACUAUCAAGCAGGAGUAUUUUUCCGUACCUCAACUUCUCUCUUACAAUCCAUGGCACUCGUUUUCUGGUCACAGAUCUUCUAACCAUGGCUCUUACAACCCCGAGGUAAAGAUUCUCCAUUUCAAUGGAAUGUCUGCACGGUUCAAGUGCAAGUAUAAAGCUGCAUUGGACUUUGCAUUCACUAAUAACUUCACACCUGAUACCACUGCCACUGGCAAAUAUAACUACAAUGCGUAUCCAUCGGUUUCAUCGUUGCAAUUGAAAGAAUGUGUGAUGACUCCAGUGGAUAUUGCCUCAUUUCAUGUACAACUACCUUUAAACAGCACCUUUGACUUGGCCAUCAAUGAUGGUGCACCUGUUCAAAUGAAUUCUGGUCAAUCCCAGGGGUUUCCUAGUGAUUCUCAAAUGAGACAGGGCCUUGCUGUCAAUUGCGGAGGUACCCCUAUCGCAAGUACUUGGCUCCCAUUGCAGUUGGACUCCAAACUUUACCUGUUUGCAUCUGUAGUUUCUGCUGCCGACUCGUCACCAAACGAGCUCUCGUCAGUUAAGCUCAACUGUCUUUCCUUGUCGAACUUUUCUCCGUUUACUGCCGGCUUGCUUAUUUAUGAAUACAAUCCCGAAGGCCAAGUUUUGAGCUGUAUCAAGAAGAUAUUGCUUGAUCACGGUGCCAUCACAGAGUUCAAAUGGCUUUUGAGUGACGACGGUGACCAACGGCUCUUAGCUUGCGUUUUUUCUGAUGGUAAUGCUUCCAUAAUGAAGAUAGAUAAGCAGUUUCUUACCAGUCCAAAGUACUCCAAACUCACCAAGUCCUCCCUUGAGCUCUCUUUGAAAUCUGAAGAGCUACACAUUCUUUCUUGCACCUGGACGUCAAAUUCUACACUUCUUGUGGGUACUACUGAAGGCUGUGUUGCUGAAUUCGAUAUAGCUUCUACGACACCCCGUUUUAUUUUUUCUCUUUCUGCUCCAUCUGUGUUAUCCGUGCAGUCUGACUAUACAAAUGGUAUUUUCGGUAAGGAACCCCCAUUGAAACGAUCCGACAAUGUGCUUAUAUCCACGGGAGACCUCAACGUGAUUCUUUUAGACCUUUCCAAUCCUUCGCAGGCGGUUGACGGUCCAAGAUUUAGAGUUCCUAUUUCCAAUAUUACAUACUCAUCGCUUAUGAACGGUUUCAUAUAUGCCGAUGGAACAAGGACUCUUAAAUAUAGUACCGUGCGAGACUCAUCUACUUCUGUGAAGCUCAGAGUUUACGACGAGCCUCCUCAGUCAACUUGCUGUUCAGACUACUCUCCAUUGGUAUUAGCAGGCUGUGCCAAUGGUUCUGUACGGAUCCUCAACGUAUAUCGUAUGCUUAGUCAGCCAUUGAAGUCAGUCAACGCCGCAUCGCUACGGUUAUAUAAGUUGGAUUCUUUGCUUGCUGAUGGCGAUCAAUUCAGGCUCAAUUUGGGCUAUCAAAUCGAUCGAAAGGAAGAGACGACAACAGAGUAUCAUGCCUAUUCGAAUGCGCUCACUGUGACAUCAUGUUCCAUGGUCAACAAUGCUACUGACAAUAAUGUUAUCGCCUGUACCUAUGCUGGGGGGUUGAUAUUAGUCGAGAGCUUACAGAGUGUGAAGCAAUCCUUCAUGUAA